AUCGAUUUCAUUAGUAGCUCGUUUGAUUAUUGAGUCAAGCUCGGCUGUGUCUAGUCACCUCUCUGUCUCUCAACUUUCUCUGUCAAGGUCUCCAGCAGAGCUGUGUAAUCUUUGCAUUUUGGGAAGAGGUGACAGAGGGAGCCACCAAGUUUCCAUUUUUUUUUCGUACACAUUUGCAGAAGAAGCUUGACAUGUGUUUGGCGAUAAGCGAAAAUCCGUACCCAACAUGUGAUGGAGAUUUUGUUUUAUAGACAAGAUGAUGGUGCGGUGUUUAGAUGGAGUGCAGCAUAUGCUUUCUGCUUUAGUAAAUUGCUGUGAGUCUGAUAUUAACAAGCAAUCUUGGGGCUUGGGAAGUCCUGAAGCUCUAGCGAGAGAGACUGUUUUCAGUGUGAGCGAAAUAGAAGCAUUGUAUGAAUUGUUUAAAAAAAUCAGCAGUGCUGUGAUAGAUGAUGGGCUGAUUAACAAGGAAGAGUUCCAGCUUGCAUUGUUCAAGACGAACAAAAAGGAGAGCCUUUUUGCUGACAGGGUAUUUGAUCUGUUUGACACGAAGCACAACGGAAUACUGGACUUUCCAGAGUUUGCUCGUGCCCUCUCAGUCUUUCACCCGAAUGCUCCUAUUGAUGAAAAGAUUGAUUUUUCAUUCCAACUAUAUGAUCUCAAGCAGCAAGGAUUCAUUGAAAGACAAGAGGUAAAGCAAAUGGUGGUGGCAACAUUGGCUGAGUCUGGCAUGAAUCUUUCGGAUGAUGUUAUAGAGAGUAUCAUUGAUAAGACGUUUGAGGAAGCCGACACUAAGCACGAUGGGAAGAUUGAUAAAGAAGAGUGGAGAAGUCUCGUUCUUCGUCAUCCUUCACUUUUAAAGAACAUGACACUUCAAUAUCUCAAAGACAUUACAACCACAUUCCCGAGCUUUGUGUUUCAUUCUCAAGUUGACGAUACGUGAGCUUGGAGUGAUUUUUUUGGCUGUUUAUGUUGAUAUUUUUUUCUGGCAGAUACUGAAAUUUGGGUUAUUUUGUUUCUGCUCUAUAUGUGAUGNUUUUAUAUUCCUUUUAU